AUGCGUUUCUCCAGUAUCGUCGCCAGCUUGGCUUUAGCCAGCUCUGCCAUUGCAAGCCCCACUUCCUGCUCUGGCAAUGACACUGGCAAUGACAAAGACAGUCUCUACAAGGCCAUGAAGAAGGCGGGACGAGAGUUCGUCGGCACAGCCCUGACUAUCCACAACGAGACUCGUGAACAAGAGAUCAUCAAGCAGGAAUUCAACUCCUUCACCCCGGAAAACGCGAUGAAGUUUGAGUCUCUGCAUCCAUCUCGUUACAACUACACUUUCGAUGACCCCGACCGCUAUGCGGCUUAUGCCAAGAAGAACAACCUUGAAAUACACUGCCACACUUUGGUCUGGCACUCCCAGCUUCCUGCGUGGGUUUCUGAGGGCGGCUUCGACAACAAGACCCUCAUCAGCAUCAUGGAGGACCACAUCAAGACCGUCAUGACCCGCUACCAGAGCGUCUGCACACGCUGGGAUGUUGUAAAUGAGGCUUUGUUCGACAACGGCACCUACCGCACCAGUGUCUGGUACAACACCAUCGGCGAGGCCUACCUCCCCAUCGCUUUCCGCCUCGCCAACAAGUACCGCGGCAAGGCGCAACUGUUCUACAAUGACUACAACCUCGAGUACAACGACAACAAGACCGCAGGUGCCGUCCGUAUCGCCAAGCUCAUCAAAUCCUACGGCGUUCGCAUCGACGGUGUUGGCUACCAGGCCCAUCUUGCCAUCGAGUCCACACCUACUUCUCCAGGUGCUGCUCCCGACCAGAAGACCCUAGAAGCUGCUCUCCACGCGACUGCCGACCUGGGUCUCGACGUUGUCUACACUGAGCUUGAUCUUCGCAUGAACACUCCUGCCACCCCUGAGAAGCUCCAGGUUCAGGCCGAGUAUUUCGAACGAGUAGCCAAAUCUUGCAUGGCUGUCAAGAGGUGCAUUGGCAUUACUCUUUGGGGUAUCUCUGACAAGUACUCUUGGAUCCCGGGAACCUUCAAGGGAGAGGGCGCUGCACUUGUGUGGGACGACAAAUAUGAGAAGAAGCCUGCGUAUGCCGGACUCAUCGCGGGCAUCAGAGCUCCCAAGGGUCAGUAG